UAGUGAUACAGGGAGCCGAUAGCAGCCGCCCGACGGUGAAGAUAUUCUUAUUUUUAGUCUAAAGUUACCUGUGAUAAGGAAGUAUCAUGAUGGAGCAGCAGUUAGAUUGUGCGUUGGACCUGAUGCGUAGGCUGCCCCCUCAGCAAAUAGAACGUAAUCUGAGCGACUUGAUCGACUUAGUGCCAUCACUGUGUGAAGAACUUUUGUCAUCUGUCGACCAACCUCUCAAGAUAGCACGAGACAAGAAUAGUGGGAAAGAUUACCUACUUUGUGACUACAACAGAGAUGGUGAUUCAUAUAGGUCACCUUGGAGCAACACUUAUGACCCCCCCUUAGAAGAUGGAGCCAUGCCCAGUGAUAGGCUACGGAAGUUAGAACUAGAUGCUAAUCAGGCCUUUGAUCAGUACCGUGAUAUGUACUUUGAGGGUGGUGUGUCUUCUGUAUAUCUUUGGGAUUUAGAUCAUGGAUUUGCAGGUGUAAUUCUCAUAAAGAAGGCUGGUGAUGGUAGUAAGAAAAUUAAGGGCUGUUGGGAUAGUAUCCAUGUUGUCGAGGUGGUAGAGAAAUCAAGUGGACGAUCAGCACACUACAAGCUUACCUCGACCGCGAUGUUAUGGCUACAAACUAACAAGCAAGGAUCUGGCACAAUGAACCUUGGGGGCUCACUCACUAGACAGAUGGAACAGGACUGCCCUGUUUCUGAGUCAUCUCCACACAUUGCCAACAUCGGUCGCAUGGUAGAAGACAUGGAGAACAAGAUCCGCAACACGCUCAAUGAGAUCUACUUUGGUAAGACGAAGGACAUUGUAAAUGGUCUCCGCUCAGUCCAGCCCCUACCAGACCGGAAGCAGGAAGCCGCCCUCAGGAAUGAGAUUGCAAAGGCACUAAUCAGGAGACAAGCAAAAGGUUCUAAUGAUGAGAAUAAUUAGGCUCAUCUUUCUUUCAUAGUUUGUGGAAUUCACAAACCAGGGCUCAGAAAAUUGCAAGAAUAUGGUUCUGUUUCUUAUGAUGGCCUAAGCCUGUUAAUGGGCAUGAAACACACGAUUUCAGGCCACACAGAUUAGCCUUCUAUGACGAGACUUGUUAGUGGAUGUUGCUCUGGUCUUUGCAGUGAGAUGAUAUUUGGUGAUAUGUGAAUCAACAUCCCUACUAUGGACACAGUUCCCACUGGUAGUGACAUAGUGCAUAUAGCUUCAUAGUGUCACAAAACAAAUAACCAGCUUUGUGAAACCCAAAAGUGAUUUGUGUGACACUUGAAGCAGAAAAUAAAGAGCCAGUAAGGUCUGCUUGUGAAGAGAAUGAAGACUUUUUCAUUAAGAAAAGUAUCAUUCCACUGGGUAGGAAUGCAUAUUUCUUGAAAGAAAGGAGCAGGAUUAGAAAAUGCUUAUGAUGCUUGCAAUAAAUUUUAGUUAAUUUCAAAGAUGAUCAUAAUUGUUAUGGCUGUAUGAAAUGCUUAAAAUCAGUAAUAUAUCCAGUUCCUGCUUGAAAAGUAGCUAUACAGAUAACCUGGCUACUUCCCAGGUGAUUUUUUUCCUAUUUGUUUUAAGUUAUAAGGCCAAAGAAUAAUUUUAACCUCAAAAGGUAACCACACACAAGUUCCAGCACAGUUAAAAAGUGUUUUAAGAUUGUUGAAUUUUUAGCAUGUUAUGCAAUAUUAAAAUGAAGGGAAAAAAGCAAGCUUGGGUGGUAAAACUUUAGGUGCUUUCUAACAAUCUGCAGUACCAGUGCAUGGACAGUAUUUUGAUGAUGCAGUACUGUAUAGUCCAGUAUAAUGAUCUUCAGUUGUCCAUGUACUGCCUGUUAGCUAAGUGUCAAAAAAAGGUACUCCAGAUAAUACUUUGGAGGUAUCACAUUGUGAGGGCAUGUGUGGUUAAGUGUUUUUUCUUUUCACAAUUGGUGGUUUUUUCUGUUUUGUUUUGUUUUAUAGGUAGUUUUUUCUCUAUGGUUUUAUUUUUGUUUUCUAAAGGAAGCGGUGAACUUUGUCAUUCACUCAAGCAAACCCAUGCAGCAAUUUUUAGAUUUCACCAUUGAAGUGAUUCGGAAGUUCCCGUUAAUUUUGGGUGAUCUUCAUCUCUACCUUUUCCUCAGAGGUGAUUUUUAUGUGUGAUCUACUGUUUCUACUUUUGUAAGCCUAGUCCUCUAUCUCCGCGACUGUUAACACUGUGUUGACGUUGGUAAAUGGUAGUCGUGGUUGAGAAGAUAAUUUUUGCUCGGCUGAUAUAUAAUUAAUCAGAAAAAUGCUAUAGGGAGGUAAACUUUUAUUCGUAGUUGGGAUGAAAUAUCUAAUAAGUUAUUCAGAAUUAUUUUAUUUUGUUUCUGGUAUUACCACUUGCUCUUACUAGUUAAAUUAAUGGAGCAAUGAGCACGGAAACUCAACUCAACCAAGGACGUUUAUCAAUUACCAGCGCAGCCACUGACCUAGGGAUUGUUAGGCAAGCCCUUGCUACUUGUCUUGGGGCAAUAAGGAUCUAGGCAACAAGUGCAUUGAUGUAAACAUGUUCUUGAUAAUAUUUCAUGUGCUUUUUUGUGAUUCUGAUUAUAUUGUUAUGUAUGAAUCGGAGUUUCUUGAGAAUUUUAAAUUUUAUUUGUUAGCUGUUGGUCAUGGGUUAAGUGAAAAAUUUGUACCAAACCAUUCAUUCUAUUUCUGCAUUAAGCAUGAGUAUAAAGUAUCCUAAAGUGAUUAAUUCAUUGUCACAGCUGGGUAUGUUCUUAAUUAUUUAUGGAGUUAAAUAUAUAUAUGGGCAUAUAUUAUGGUACUCUUGCCUAGAGCCUGGCUGAAUGAUACUGUAUUUAUUAUUACCACAAGUUCUGUUUAAAGUAUAUAAUAUGGAGAACUAUUGAUCAUAUCCACGUUGUAUUUCCUUUAAGGCCAUGUGAUCGUCUCGUUGUUAUGCAUUUGCCCUGUGAGGCAGACACUAUUUUUGAUCAAAGAAUUGAUUAUACAAGUAUUUGGUAA